UUUUCUGCCCAUCACUCCUUCUCAAGAGAAUAUGUGGCUCCUUGAGAAGAUCCGUGGCUCCGUUGAAGGGAACGUGCUCCGUCAUCGCGACUCGGGGGACAACCAGUCCAAAGGGCCGACCCACAGCAAUGUCCUCACGCCUGAUAAGAUCCCCGACUUCUUUAUCCCACCCAAGCUUGUGUGCUGUCCAGCAGAGGCCGAUACUCCAGAGAUGAAGCCCAAGAAUGGGCUGCACCCAUCCGCAUCUGAGCAGACCAUCUGCUGCAAGACGCCUCAGGGUGGCUCACGCAGUCCGCGCCUCAUCUGCAAACUCACUGGGGACACCAAGAACCUGCUUAAGGUUGCUAACCGCCACAUUAUUCAGAUCGAGAGUGCUGAUGACUUAGCAGCAGGCGAUGUUGGCGAUCUCACUACCAACGCUGACCCUCAGUCCCAAACAGCCAUGUCCUUGCCCUAUGUACCCAAAGCACAGACUUCUUAUGGCUUUACAACGUUGAUGGAGAGCCCUCACACUCGGCGCAAGGAGUCACUUUUUCACAGCGACCCCACCAGUCCGCUUACAUCCCCAAAUACUCAGCGCAAGACGCAGAGCAACAGCAACCACCUCAACCCUGGUGACUGCAAUACCUCACAUUCCAACCCAUAUCGGUAUUUUAGUGGAGGCGAGAGCGACACAUGCUCCUCAGCGGAGUCAUCGCCGUUCAGCUCACCCUUGCUUUCAAGGUCAGCCUCGCUUCUCAGAAUGUUCACCCAUGAGACCCAGGCCAAAGUGUCGCGUGCUAAGCGUUCAUUUGCCCGCCACAGCUCUCUUUCAACAGACGACUGCAGCUCAGUGGAGAACAGCCCAAACAUCCCACGGCGCUUCAGAUGUCCACCAUCACCUGCAUUCGGAGGCCGCAAAGCAGGUGCCACUGUUGAACGCCUCACCCAACACACCGUCAAACUGCACAAAGGGGGGACGCUGCGUAUGUGCACAGACUACGACACAGAGGCAGCGCGGCUCCGGGUGCGCGUGCUUGCUGCUGAAGACCUUUAUGACAGACAGGUCGAUUUAAAGAGCAUCAACUGCUGUGUGGCUCUCUACCUAAACCCGGGCAAGCUUCAGAAGCAGAGAAGCAACAUCAUCAAAAACAGCCGCAAUCCUGUCUUCAAUGAGGAUUUCUUCUUUGAUUCCUUGCCUGCUGCACAGGUCAAGAACCUGGCGAUAAAGAUGAAGGUGGUAAACAAAGGCACCAGUCUCAAACGGGACACGCUGCUUGGGGAGAGGGAGGUGCCCCUUAAAGAUCUGUUACCUGGCUUUUAGGGCCAUGUACAAAAGACUCCAUGGAAAAGGAACUACAGUCUGCCUGGACUUAAUCCAGAGUAAACAAAGUGUUCACUAUAGUGUUGUUUUUUUCCUUCUUCUUGCUGCAAAAGGUGACCUUUCCAGUUUAAAGACUGAGAGAGUGUUAUUGACAAGAGUUCUGUUUGUGCACAUUUUCUGUGUGUAUGUAUGUGUGCACAGGGUGUGUCAGUAUUUGUACUGUACAUAAAACUCGCUGUAAGUGUCCUUUCAAAAGUGUGUGUGUGUGUGGUUCACUUUGGCAACCCAGGUCUGUAGAAGCCAGCUAACAUCUGAACAGCUGGUGAUACAGCUGCUCUGCACUGUGCACAUGUACAAAGUGGCUUUGAAGUGCCACAAUGGCAAAUGCAAAUGCAUGCCUCAUAUCUGGUUUGAAGUUUUAAAUGUGUAAGCGUGACAAAGACUUUUGUAUUGCCUAUCAACGUACUGCCAGCCUUCCCAUGUAUGCCUUUUUUCCUUCAACCUUAUCACUGAAGCAUGUGAGUGAUCUUCUUGUUGAAUGCUUCUUCUGUAUAAGCCCUUUGGCUCUUUGUUAUAAUACUGAUUAUUUUCACUGAAUUAUUUUUGUGGGACGAAAUGCACCCUCCAGCCUUACAACCGAGACAAGCUGCACGUGUCGACUGAUACAUCGCCAAAAACAGGAAGCUAUUAAUUAGACUAGCUGUACAACACUAAACACCUGCUGCUGUAUAUAACCGCAUAUCCAUGUUGUACAUGUGUAUGAUGGACCUACAGUAUCCUUGAGUAUUUGCACAAAUGUCUUGGCAUGUUCGUUGAAGUUUCUAUAUACAGCUGAGACAAACUUGCACAGAUAAAUGCAUACGCUUUUUUUUCGUACCACUUGACGAACACACUGGCUGUAAAAGAACCGUUAACGGUUACCGGUUGUAUAAAACGGUGUCGAUAUUUAUGUUACUGUUUUAUGGAGUUGGGAUUUAUACUUUUUUCAGUCGAGCCACUUAUAAUUCCUUAUUAUAAAUCAUCCUAAUAGCAUCAGUGUAAUGGGCCAAAAAUGCCCACAGGUCCUUUGUAAGCUUUUUUAUUUUUCAUUUACAGGGCCUUGAGAGCUCUGUAAUCUAAUUAGCAUUUAGAAGUCUCUGCUGUAUAGGACAAAUGAAAGCUAAGGCCAAUGUUGCUAGACUUCAUGGUCAUCCAGUAGAGAAUAGCACUUCUGGGCUGUUUACUUGUUUAUUUACUCUUUCUUAAAUCGAAAACCCACAAAUAAUUUUAACUUGUGUAUUAUAACUGCAAUGAGUGUCUUUGGUGCUAGAGGUGUUGAAGAAAGAGAUAGAGAGAAAGAGAGAGAGAGAAGUCAUUCACUCUUAGCCUGUAUUUUACAUAAAGCUCAAUAAUUACACUCUAUAGAAUGUUGAGCGACCAGACCGUUUAAAAUCCAUUUCCUUGGUUUUCUGCUGAAACAAUUCUUGCAUUGAUGGAACGAAUCAUACAUGUCUAACUCUAUUUUGAGCACUCAUUUGCAAGAGUCAAAUUGCAGGCAUUAGAUUCCCUAUUAGCUUUACCUCAAUGACAGUGCCUGCGAUUCUCUAUAUGAACAGUAGAAGUACAAUUACACGAGGGGGAAUGACUUCUGACUGCUUGAAAUCUCUCAAAUUAAAACAGCUGAAAGAAGGCCCUGAGCUCUGAUGGAAGUGAAAGGACUCAGUGAGGACAUUCGAUUGAUAUUCAUUUCAGUAUCCGUGUUUCUGUAGAUGAGAUUAAACUGUCUGGCGCUUGUGUUUAGAGCCGAAUAUAAAAUAUGAAGUGCCUAUCCACUGAACUUGAUGCCUGUCCUUCUGUCUGUCAAGACGUAGACCUCUGUGUGCGAACUUCGUCCUCCCUUAUUACAGUGUGCAGAUGCAUUAUCGAGACUACCUUUAUUUACCAAUAGACGUACUGUAAUAUUGUAGCUCUGAGUUAUAUCGUGUGCGUGUUUCUAUAUUUUCUGACCCUGAAGGUGGAUAUUGUUGGUUUUGAGUGCAUGUAUUCAUCAUUGUGGGCUUUUCUUAUUUAUUACACCAAGCCGAGAUUCCAACAGUAAUUUUUUUUUCUUUGUCCAGCUCUUCUUUUUUCUUCGUGAAACUGUUUCCCUUUUACUGCUCCUUUUCAAUUUCACUUUGGUCAUCCAAAUCCAAAGUGAAACAUGCUAUUGACCUGUCUAUUUUGGUGCCUCAUUCAAUAAAAGUUGUGUAG